AUGACCCCGCAAUGCUCCCACCGCACAUUGUUGCCUCUUCAGGCUCAGCUGGCAGCCGCCUCCAGUCGGGCCCGUGUGAGGGACAUCAGCUCCCAGGGCCCCCCCGGCCAGGACGGUCCCCGUGUGGCGCUUGUGGACGGCUACAACGUCAUACACGCAUGUCGGGAGCUGCACCGCCUGGCGAGAUUUAGCCUGCAGGUGGUGGUGGACGCUCGGUUUGCACUUAAUCGGAUGGCCGUGGCGUACGGCGCGACGUACGGCAUCAGGGUGUUCGUCGUGUAUGACGCAAUGGGUUCUCAGUCCACCUCCAACAGUUUUGAACGACUAAGCUCGCAGGCCGUUGCGGUGUUUUCCGCCGCCAGCGAGGCCGACACGUACAUCGGGAAAGCUGCCGUACAGUGGAAGCAACGAGGGGCGCAGCAGGUGAUGGUCGUUUCCAAUGACCGCUACGUUCAGGACAACGCAAUUGACGGCGACUACGUCAUCUAUCCGGUGCAACUGGACACAUGGCUUGAUCAGGCACACCGCGCGGCUACGGCACCCGGGCGGCGGCCUGGCAGUGGCGGCGCCACCGCCGCGGCGACAGGGCUGUCCCGAUCAGCCCUGUCCUCAUUUUCAGCGGCGUCAUCAGCUAAUUUUGAUGGUGAUGAUGAUGGUGGUGGUGGUGGCGAUGAUGACGCUGAAGGCCAUCGGUCAUCGGGCCGGAGAGGAGGUCGUGGUGGCGUGAGCGUGGGGAUGGGGGAUACCGGUAGGGAGGUAGUUCCAAGCAGUUGGGAGUUGCAGAGGAGGUUGGCUCGCCUGGUGAAGGUCCGCGACGCAGCAAUGGACAAUGACGGUGAUGACGACGGUGAUGACGAGGCGGAGGGGGAAGCGGGCCACGAGGACCUGGACUGGAAGGAGGAGGAGGAAGAACACGAGGCAAUGGAGGAGGGGGAGGAGGAGCAGGAGGUGGACUGGCUCGCAUGGAGUCACGACGUACCCCGAUUCAAGGUUCGGAGUGAAUUGGUAAAAGACGAGGAGGACGAGGUGGCGGGGCCGGCUGCGGUGGCAGAGGAAGACGGGAUUGCUCGCCUUGGCGCUGUUUCAGACGGGAUUAGAAUGGUAGUAGGGAACUCGGGCAGCAGCAGCAGCCGUAGCGGCGGCAUUGGCGGCAGCUCUAUCGACAUCCGCGGCGGCGGGGACGUGGAACAAGACAGGACCGCUGCCGCCUACAGCGAUGGUGGUGGUGAUAUGGCUGAUGGUUGCGGCGGCGGCACCAAUGGCGAGGAGGGGGGAAAGCAGGCACCAGGAAUACUUGGAGCAUUCGUUACGCAAUUGUCGCCAAGGGAAAAUGACCCGUGGCAACCUCCGCAGCUGCUGCUGAGGUGUCACCAGUCCCGACCAGUCCCACACUUCUACCACCUGCAGUACAUCCUCCGCAGCCUUCUCCGCAUAAGCCUUCAACUGCUUCGGCACCCGCGGCAACGACCUCCAUAUCCGGCCACAAUUCUCACACUCACAGCAGUCGCAGUCCCAGUCCGAGUCCUAGUCCAAGUCCUAGUCCAAGUCCUAGCCGAAGUCCCAGUCCUAGCCCGAGUCCCGGUCUGA